UUUUCAACUUUUUGUCCCCUCCGUGGCCUCGCGCCAAAAGACUAAACCCUUCAGUGUAAAUGCGGCUUGUUAUAAGCUGACCGAUUCUGUUGAAAGCAGCGUCGAAUGACAAGCGAGGAAAAACAAAGCAAGAUCACACGCCGGCAAAAUGUUAGCCCGCUACGGCAACUUUCUGAAACAGCUUCACUGUGCUGGUGUAUCGCUAAGAUAUCUGUCUACGUACACCUGCAAAGAUGGAGUGGGCACCAUUCUGCUAGACAAUGAGAAAACGCGCAAUUCGCUUUCGUUGGAAAUGAUGAACAGUAUUCAAAGGAAUAUUGUUGAAAACCAGCACGAUACGGAACUGCGGUGCAUCGUGCUGGCAGCGAAAGGUCGUGUAUUUUCAGCCGGGCAUAACCUCAAGGAAUUGACUGCCGAGCGUGGAUCGGAACAUCAUAAGCAAGUGUUUCACAAAUGUUCCGAGCUGAUAAGCGCCAUUCAGUCGGCGCCCGUUCCAGUCAUUGCAAAAGUUGACGGAUUAGCGGCGGCUGCUGGAUGCCAGCUUGUUGCGUCCUGUGAUAUGGCUGUUUGCAGUGAUAGUAGCACUUUUUCAACGCCUGGGGCCAGCUUUGGUAUAUUUUGCUCAACUCCGGGAAUUGCUGUGGUGCGUGCCGUUCCGCGUAUGAGAGCUGCUUACAUGCUAUUCACUGGGCUGCCAAUCACGGCACAUGAAGCUCUACAGGCUGGACUUGUAAGUAAAGUUGUUCCUCAAGAACAGUUAAACGAAGAGGUAAGCAACAUUUGUAAGGCCAUUGCAUCGAAAAGCCGUGCUGUGAUUACACUAGGAAAAACGUUCUUUUACAAACAAAUAUCGAUAAACGUUGGUGCAGCUUACGAACUCGGUGAGCAAAUUAUGGUUGAUAAUCUAGCAACGGUUGAUGGCCGUGAGGGAAUUAAGAGUUUUGUAGAAAAGCGUAGUCCUAAAUGGACGCACAGGGAAUAAGCCAAUAGAGCCGCAUUGCGACUAUUUCGAUGCAUUUACUAGAACGAUAGAGAAUGUUACAGUUUGUUUAGAAUUAGCGAGAAUUCCAAUCACGGGUUAGUCCGAGAUUUAUUCUCAUUGCAAGUAUCAUUGCAUUGUAAUUAAAUGGGUUUGAAGAACUUCGCCUACGGCCAGUCCCAGUACUAAAGCUUUUCGAAUUUAAACGCAUUGUUAAUGCCCCUGUGGUAUUUCUUUAUCUGAACGUUAAACAAAAGAUGUAGGGCUGAACUUUAACUUAACAAAUGCACCUGAAAGAAACAACCAUUUCAAAUCGUCUUAUUAAAUAUCAGUAUAAUGUGUAAUUAUAUGAUAGUUCUGUCUGUAUCGCAAAAUAUAGUGUGUUAGUUAUUUAUCUGUA